CGGACCACGACAUGAAACUAUUAAUAUGCGGAGCUCCUAACCAACAAAUUAUUUAACACGACAAAGAAAUAGAUACGAUGGAUAACCUUAAAAAAAUAGCUGCAAAAUAAAAAUAAAUAAAUAAAUCCACCGCCACCGGCUCUUCGACUCGCCGGCCUGGCCACGACCACGUCGGAUUAAAUAUAUGAACCAUUGAACCAACCCCGGAGCCAACGGUCCGCCGCGGCUCGUCACUCGUCUCUCUCAACUAGAUGCCGAUGCGGCACAACUAAUUAUUAGUAAAGAAUAAUUAGAGUAUAAAAGUAAAGAAUGAUUAGAGUUUGGCAUGGGUCGGUCAAGUAGGCUAAAUUUCAAGUUUUGAGCUGUUUUGAUCAAGUCUAAUUUAUAAUCACAUGGUUUCCUGAUACCCGAUAAAAAUCUUAAUCCAAAACCAGUUUGCCAGGUGAGUCUGUGUUUACCAUCAUUUUCAAGAGAUACAGGAACGGCGGUUCCUAUCCCAAAUCGUGUUGUGUGUUAUUGAUUUCUUUAGAUUUUAUCAUGGACCGGCAAAAACCAGAAAGCACAAUGACGACAAGAUGAAAGUUUUAGAAAGCAAAUUAAUCGGUCAACAGGCCGAGUAAAAGCUAGCAACGAUUGUGAGAUGCUCAUUUCCUGAAAACCGGCGGGAUAAGCGAUUUUUUAUUUGAUUUUAUUGAAUUCAGUUUUUAUAAAACGUACUCCACCUCAUCAUAUUACUAGAAACAAUAUUGUUUCACAAAGUAACAGGUACUUGAUUUUGGUUCAUAAAGCUGAUUUUUGAUUCGUUUCAUGAUUCAUAUCUCUUUCUUGCUAAAAUUCACUAUUUUUAUCACGUGUUUCUAAAAAAAGAAAAAUUAUACAACAAUAAACUAUACACCCAAUUACAUUAUCAAAUUGCAUACCUCACGGCCAACUGGCCGGGACCCAUGCUAGUUAGUUUAUUAAAGUAACAAAUAAUUUAAAAGAAAUUAUAUAAACAAAUAAAUACUCCACUUCUGUCCAGCAAAGCCACAGGCCCCGAAAAAGGUUGCAGACCUUCGUCCCCCCAUUUCCUCUUCUUCUUCUUCUUCUUCUUCUUCUUCUUCUUCCGUUCUUCUUCUUCAGUUCUUCUUCUCAUCUCUCUCUGUCUUUCUUUCUCUCCGUGUACAAUCUCGCACAUUUCCCGACGCAACCUGGUAACAAAAGGUUUGUGCCAGAUGACCGGCUGCCGGCGCAAGUCCCCGGCAAUGUCUGCACUUGCCAGCAGAUCCAUGCUCCUCCCUCUGCUCCUCCUCAUUCACUCCUUUCCAGCUUCCGUCUCUGCUCAGCGCCGGGGAUCUGGUUCUGCUCCCCCCUGGCAGACUCUCUCCGGAAAUAGCCCCAUAGUUGUAGCUCGGGGUGGAUUUUCGGGUCUAGUUCCGGAUUCUUCCAAUGCGGCUUACCAGCUGACACUGCUGACCAGCGCGCCGGAUGUUGUCUUCUGGUGCGACUUGCAGCUCAGUGAAGAUGCAUUCGGGUUCUGUCUCCCCGAUGUCACGAUUGGUAACUCUACUGAUAUCUCUCAGCUUUACCCGGGCCGUCAGAGCACCUACACCGUCAAUGGCGCGAGGCAGACCGGGUGGUUCUCCUUGGAUUUCAACUCCACCAGCUUGUCAACUGUUUCCUUGACGCAGGGAAUCUACUCGCGUAGCCCGAAUUUCGACAGCAAUUUGUUCCCUAUCCUAACUCCUGAUGAUGUUGCUGCGCUAAAGCCGGCUGGCCUCUGGUUGAACGUUCAGCAUGAUGCAUUCUACAGCCAGCAUAAUCUAAGUAUGAGAAGCUAUGUUCUUGCUGCAUCUAGAAGAGUUGUCAUUAACUACAUCUCAUCUCCGGAAGUGGGGUUCUUGAGAAGCAUUGGUUCGCGAUUCAACCCGAAUAUCACCAAAUUGUUCUUCCGGUUUAAUGCGCCUAGUGAUGUUGAGCCUUCCACAAACCAGACUUAUGGUUCUUUGCUAUCGAAUUUGAAAUUUAUCAAGACCUUUGCCUCUGGAAUUCUUGUGCCUAAGACUUACAUAUGGCCGCUGGAUGCAAGCAAUUAUUUGCAGUCGAGUACUACACUUGUCUCGGAUGCUCAUAAAGCUGGGCUUGAAGUUGUGGCCACAGACUUUUCCAAUGAUGCUGUUCUGAGCUACAAUUACAGUUACGAUCCUGUUGCUGAGUAUCUGCAAUUUGUGGACAAUGGUCAGUUCUCUGUUGACGGUGUGCUGUCUGACUUCCCAAUAACCCCAUCUGCAGCAUUCAAUUGCUAUGCUCACAUGGGCCAGAAUGCUUCAGACAAAGUAAAUACUUUGGUCAUCACCAAAAAUGGUGCAAGUGGAGACUACCCAUCCUGUACUGACCUUGCAUACCGAAAAGCCAUCUCGGAUGGAGCAGAUGUUAUUGAUUGUCCAAUCCAGAUAUCUCAGGAUGGAGUUCCAUUUUGCCAAAGUUCUAUAAACCUCAUCGACACUACACAAGCCGCUGAAACAUUGACCAGCUUUUCAACAAGUGUUCCGGAACUCAAAGGCGAUGGCAUAUACACGUUUAGCUUGAAUUGGAGCCAGAUUCAGGACUUGACUCCGGUCAUAUCCAAUCCAUUUCCUAGUUAUGAGUUAGUCCGUAAUCCAAAGGAGCGAAAUGCUGGAAAGUUAGUUUCCCUAGCUGACUUCUUGGGUAUGGCAAAGGACGCUGGAUCGCUUUCUGGUGUCUUAAUCAACAUCGAGAAUGCGGCUUAUCUCAUGGAGAAGCAGGGGCUAGCUGUACUUGACGCGGUAGAGACCGAGCUGACCAAAGCUGGUUACCAUAACCAGACAGCUCUGAAAAUCAUGGUCCAGUCCACCAAUAGCUCAGUCCUAAUGAAGCUGAAGGAUAAAAAACAGUACGAGCUGGUUUACGCGGUCGACGAGACAAUUGGAGGUGCUGAUCCUUCUGCGGUUUCAGACAUCAAGAACUUUGCUCAUUCGGUCGUGAUCAGCAAGCAGUCGGUGUUCCCCCAGAACGACGCUUUCGUGACCAGAAUGACCGAUGUCAUAACGAAGCUGCAGAAAGCCGAUCUCCCCGUCUACGUCCAGACCUUCAGCAAUGAGUUUGCAUCUCAACCGUGGGACUUCUUUGCAGACAUCAACGUGGAGCUCAACACCUACAUCUCGACCACGAACAUCAGCGGCGUCGUUACAGACUUUCCUCAGACACCUAACAGAUACAAAAAGAACAGAUGUCUAACUCAAUUGGACAAUGUUCCUCCCUACAUGGCCCCGGUUCAGGCAGGGAGUCUGCUGGGACUCAUCCAGCCGCCAUCUUUGCCACCAGCUCAGGCUCCGAACCCGCCUCUGACCGAGAACGACGUAGCUGAGGCGCCUUUGCCGCCGGUCGGAGUGAAGCCUACGGCGGAGUCUCCCCCUGGUGGUGGAGCUACACCAGCAGGCCCAGGAAGUGGGCAGCCAAGGGGAGCAGCUGCAGGGUUCAUGGCUUCUGUUGUGUGGCUAUGCUUUUUCACUGUGCUCUCGCUGCUGCUGCUGCUUUGAGUUAGUGUGAAUGUCGACUGUGUAAAUGGUGAUUAGGGUCUUCCCUCCCAGAAGAAGAGAUAUGGGGAAGAGUUUUUUUCUAGGUGUUUUAUUGGAUCAUUCUUAAUUGGAUGGAGGUUAAUAGAGUAAGACGGAUCAGGGAAGAGCAUGGAGGGAUUGUAUUAGCUGUGGCUGUUUGGUACGUGUAAUAUAAACAAAAAGCUUUAUUCUUUGGUGAACUCAAUUUAUGGUUGUUUCACUAUCUAAUUUGAAUUGAUGAACUCAAUUUAUGUAGAAACUUGCCUUAUAAACCACGAAUAGGAGGCCAUCAAUCUAAUUAAAACGACACAGUUUCUCAAUCAUAUCCUCCACUAUCAAAACCCCUACUUAGGCAAUUCAUCGAGAGAUAUCACAGAUUGCGCCCCGACGAACCCUUGCUAGACAAGGAGUAUCGAGAAUCCAUGUUCUUGGUGUGAGGGCCUAGCAUAGUGCAACAAGAGAGGUGGGGAGAGAGAGAGAGAGAGAGAGAGAGUAAGCGAAUACCCCCACAUUUUAAGUCCUUGCUAGGCAAUAUCCUUCUCUAAGUUCACCAUGAUGCAGACAUUUCGUCAAUCACCACAUGAGUACGAGAUUGUCAUCUUGAGAUGGUCGUUACUAGGCAUACUAUGGUGAAAUUGUUUUAUGAAUAAGAUAGGAAUAAAAUU